AUGGAUGUAAUCCAGUGCGGCUUCGCGGCCGACACGGAUUUCGGGCCGUCAGUGUCGCCUUGCCGCCGGGAUUUCGACUUCACGAUUCUCUUCGAAGAAGUGGUGCUUGUGAUUGUUCCAGCAUGCACUUUCGUCAUCCUCGCCAUCGCCUCCCUUCUGUCUCUACACCGAGCUCGAACGCUAGUCCGCCAUGGCCGGCUGUACUGGAUCAAGCUUUUCUGCGCUGCCGCACUAUCAGCUUCACAGAUUGCCGUCCUUGUCGUGCAAACACAACUCGCUAACAAGACGGCGGCCUCGAUCCCCAGCGCCGUUACUUCGCUCGUCGCGACCAUCUUUAUCCCAGUCGUGUCUCACUUCGAGCAUCUCAAGUCCCUUCGGCCUGCUUCGCUGCUGGUCGUGUUCCUCUCCCUGACAUGUCUUUUUGAGGCCACUCGGACACGUACUCACUGGCUGAAUGGAGAGGCGGCCUUGGCGGCCACCCUGUCCGUGGCUCUCGGAAUCAGACUUAUCGCUCUCUACUUUGAGAUUUGGAGCAAGAGAGAGCUUCUUCUAGCGCCUGACGAGAAGGUGGCUGACGAGCUGCUGGCCGGUCCCAUCAGCCGCACUGUCUUUCACUGGCUGAAUAGGCUGAUGGCUGGCGGUUACCGUGGAGUGCUACACCUUGAAGAGUUCGGCCCCAUUGACGACCGCCUGCUCACGGCGCGUCUGAGACCUAAGUUCCGGGGUAUCGGUAGUCAAUACGGAAGCAAGGCUGAUAUCUCAGAGCAAGAGGGCUCGUCGACGGGCAACCGGCUCAUCUGGCUUACAUUCUUCGCUUUGGGCCGUACUUGGGCUGCUCCCGUCAUUGCAAGACUCGCCGUCACGGCAUUCACCUUUACUCAGCCCUUUCUCGCUAAUGCAGCCUUGGCAUACCUCGAAGCUGACUAUCCCAUCCCAGCUAGCCAUGGGUAUGGACUAAUAGGCGCGGCGUUUCUAUGCUAUGUCGGUAUUGCUGCUGCCACCGGCUGGUACUGGCAUCAGGCGUUUCGCUGUGCCGUCAUGAUCCGUGGUGGGCUUGCGAUCGCCAUCUUCGAAAAGCUCCUGAGGCUUCCUGAAGGUGACAAACUCGAAUCAAUGGCCACCACGCUCAUGGUCGCGGACCUCCAGAGGAUCAUGCAAGCUGUGGCCCACUGUCAUGAAGUAUGGGCUGGCACUAUCGACACUGGGUUAGCAACUUGGUUGUUGUACAGACAACUUGGGCCAUCUUGCUUCGUCAUGCUCGGAGUUGCCGCAAUUUCCGGUCUGGGUUCCAUGCAAAUCAUGAAGAAGACAGGUGCUAGCCAACAAAAGUGGCUGGCGGCUACGCAGAAACGAUUGAAGCGUACCAAGCAGGUGCUGGACAGUUUAAAGGGGAUCAAAAUGACCUCGCAAACCUCGGUGGCUUAUCAAACCCUGACCAAACUUCGGAACUGCGAAAUAAAAGAUUCUUCUUCUUUCCGUUGGUUCAUGGUGGUAACCAACAUUCUGUCAUACUGUCCCUUGACUCUCUCUCCUCCUCUGAUAUUCGGCGUGUAUGUCGGUACUGCCGGCAGCGGCUACGACUUCAGUGUAUCCAAGGUUUUCACAUCUCUGGUCAUUAUCACGUUGCUGUCCGCGCCUUUGGUCCGUCUCUUCCAGGUAAUCCCUCAACUCGGUGGCGCGUACGGAUGCUUCCAGCGACUACACGAGUUUCUUCUACUGGAAGAGAGGAUCGACUUCAGAAAAGUCAUGCCCAACGGGGACUCUGAAGCUGGCGGUCGCAAUACUCCGGCAGCGGACACGCACAUCAUGUCGCUUCGAGAUAUCAAGAAAGGGGCAAAGAUUGCCAUUAUUGGCUCCGUGGGGACCGGGAAAACGCUACUUUUGAAGGGGCUCAUCGGUGAAGCCUACAAAACCGAUGGGCAGCUUACCUUAGCUCCGUCCAUCUCAUUCGCCUACUGUAGCCAGACGCCAUGGCUUGAGAACGUCUCUGCGCAACAAAACAUUAUACAGUACGGGAGAGAAGCAAGUGAUUCAGGUUACUACCGACAGUUGGCAUUGGACUGCGCGCUGGAUGACCUCAUUCGGCUGCCUACAUUCGCCUCAGGCCCCAUUGGCAGUGGCGGCGUGAUGCUUAGUGGUGGGCAACGUCAGAGAUUGGCGCUAGCUAGAGCCCUGGCGACGAAAAAUGACGUCCUCCUUCUCGACGAUGUGUUCAGUGCCUUGGACCGAAGAACGAGAUGGCGUGUUGCCAACAUGCUAUUCAAUCGAACCUCAAUAAACGCCGAGAAGACGACAAUAUAUACCACCCACGAUGAACGUAUUGCCAACCUCGCGGACGAGGUUUAUCAGAUUGACGAAUGGGGUCAUCUGUCCCGUAGACCAGACCUAGGCCUGGCUUCAUUGACUGCCGCUGAAGGACAACUCUCUGAUCCUCCCCUGAUGGAAUUCGUCGAAAGUUUGGAAGCGGCAGAUCAUUCCUCAACCGACAAUAAAUACGCCCAAACAUCAGCCAAAGCUCAAGCACCGCUGGACGCCGUCGAGAGAGAGACCGCAAAGCAAAUGCUAGGGGACAGAACUGUGUACAAGACGUAUUUCAAGUCCGUAGGCUUGCUCCACUCGACUGUGUUCCUGGUCGGCGCCAUGGCUUGGUCAACAUUUGGGUGCGAUGGUGGUCAGAUGCGUCCGCGGCAGGCGACAACAACCGGCUGGGAUACUGGCUGGCAAUUCAACGUCAUCACCCGAUCCGGCAAGCAUCUCCACGGCCAGCUCGUCACCACGGUUCUCAGAGCACAAUUCCCAGUCAUCAGCCAGGUCGACACGGGCACGACGCUGAACCGUUUCAGCCAGGAUCUCAUGUUUGUCGACAUGCAGCUGCCCAUUGACCUGUCCAACACGGCGUCCGAGCUGUUCACGGCAACCAUCCAGAUUGUGCUCAUUGCCGUCGCGUCAGUGCCCGCGCUGUGCGCCAUCCCGGUCAUGUUCAUCGUCUUGUACCUGGUGCAGCACUUUUAUCUGCGGACAUCGAAACAGCUGCGUCUUUUCGAGCUCGAGGCCACAGCCGCCUUGGUAACCAAGAUUUCCGAGACGGGCUCUGGUGCUGGCCUCUCCACCAUACGCGCGCACGGCUGGUCCGAUGUUACCAUGGCAAGGUUCCUCGAAAAGCUCGACCGCUCGCAGGAACCCGUUUACCUCCUGUACGCUGCGCAGCGCUGGUUGCAGCUGGUGCUCAACAUGAUAAUUGCCGGCCUCGUGGUGGCGGUGCUCGGCGCCUCUAUCGCGCUGAAAAGUUCGAAUAGAGUGAGCCCGGGUGCAGUUGGCGUGGCGUUUCUGAAUGCCGUGACGCUCGGCGAGACCCUGACGCAGCUCAUUAUUGCCUGGACGGGCCUGGAGACGUCGCUGGGUGCUAUAGCACGUAUCGCGCUCUUUCAGCGGCAGACUCCCGCUGAGGAAGAGGAGGAUAGUGUGAGGGGUGUGAGCCGUGAUCCGGGUGGUUGCGGCGGCGCCAUACGCUUUGAGAAUGUAUGGGCAACGUACAACCCCCCCAGCAGCGAGAUUCCAACCACCACGACCGCCGCAGAAAAAGAAGAAACAAGCAUGACACCCCCAGGACUCGGACAUGGAGGGCCAGACAGGGAAUGGAGCCUCCGCGGGAUCACCCUGUCCAUCAAUCCCGGCGAACGCAUCGCCAUCUGCGGCCGAACAGGCUCCGGCAAAUCAACCAUGCACCUCGCACUACUACGCAUGGUCUACACCCCCAUCGGAUCUGUGUUCAUCGACGGCGUGGACCAUUUCACUCUAUCCCUCGAGGCGCUGCGCAACCGGUUCCUUGUCAUCUCGCAGGACAAGCUGGAGGGGUUUGACACGCUGCGUCAGGCGCUGGACCCGCAUGGGGUGUUUUCGGACGCGAGGGUCGAGGCGGUGUUGCGUGAAUGUGGCAUGCUGGAUGUGGUGAUGAGGAGCUAUGGUGGGUUGGCGGCGAGGAGGGAGGAUUGUAGGUUCUCGGCGGGGGAGGAGCAGUUGUUGAGGGUUGCGAGAGUUGUGCUGGAUGUGGAGAGGGAGAACUCCGGGGCACCGGACGGGGAUGGGAAGGGGAGGAUUGUGUUGUUGGAUGAGGUUACGAGCAGUAUCGACAAGAAAACCGAAGAGAAGAUCGAGUUCCUACUCAAGACCCGCCUUGGUGGGAGGACGCUGAUUGCCAUUAACCAUCGGCUUGAGGCUGUGCUGAACUAUGAUCGUGUGGUGGUACUGGAUAACGGGAUGGUUGUUGACGUUGGCACGCCGGCGGAGCUGGUGGUGCGGUGUGGACUGUUUAAGGGGUUAAAGGUCCACGCUGAUACUUAG